AUGACCUUCAAAUCUUUUUUCAUUCUAGGUACUUCGGAGGCAAGAAAGGUUCGUGGUCCUACUUUACUGAAAGAUAUUUGGAAACUUCCUGUAGGGAAGACAGUUGAUGUGUCAUUUAAUAGUCGUAACCAAGCUAUUGGGAAAGAGGGUCGAAAGCUUGCUAGCUUUCUAGGAAUUAUUGCGAGGACUCCAGAACUAACACCUCUACACAUAGAUGAUUGGAGAAACUUUGGCGACGAGGAAAAGAAGAGAUUGGUGAAUUUAGUGAGGAAGAAGUUCUCUAUCCCAAAACGCGGAGAAGACUUUGUCUUAAAGUCACUAGGAAAGAAAUGGAAAGAUUACAAGUGCACUUUAAAAGGUGAAUAUAUGGCAAAAUAUAAGACUAAAGAUGCUUUGCUGAAAAAUAGACUAAGUCGCAUACCGAGGGAUCAAUGGACUGGUCUUGUCUCUUAUUGGGUUUCUGAUAAAGCUAAGAGGCGUACCCAAGCAAAUAGAAACAAUAGGACCAAACAAAAGAUGCCUCACACAGGAGGAUCCAAAAGUAUUGCUACCUUGAUGGAUGAGAAGGCUGAAAAUGGGAUAGAGCCUACACGAGCACAAAUAUAUAUAUUAACUCAUAAGAAACGUAAAGAUGGUAGACCGCUGGAUGAGGAUUCUGCCAAGACAAUCGACAUGAUAAAUGAAAGGAUAAGCAAUGGUGAGAGAUCUACUGACCGACCUCCUCAUAGUGUUGCUUGGGAAGGCGAUGUGUAUUCGCAGGUGUUGGGAAAUGAAAAAAGUGGGUAUGUUCGUGGUUUAGGACUUGGUCCAACUCCUUCUGUUCUAUGGGGUAGCAGAUCUUCCUUAGGAAAUAUUGUUUUAGAGGAUUCAUCUAAGGAGGAUGUACAAAGGUUACAACAUGAGAUAGCCGAGUUAAAGGCUAAACAAAAUGAAGAAAUGAAUCUGAUGAAACAAAAUCAGGAGAAGAUGCAAGCAGAACUACUCCAAAUGAGACAAUUCGUGCGCGCUCCUAAUGAACCUAUGCCUCAAAAUAUCAAUGGCACCUCAAGUGAACAGGUCCCCGACGCCAAUAGUGGCCAUGAACGAGUACCACAAACAUCAAGGAUACCCAGUGUUCUUUGAAAAUACUCCACCUUCUCACGGUCGUACAGUUUGAUGUUCGAAAAUUUUGCAUGUGGAAGAUUUCAAUAUGACAGAGUUGUGGAAGUUAUUCAAAGACAUUAUUCCAUAGGACUGGUUAUAUAAUGAAAUUAGUUAUUUGGUUCACACAAUAGAAGUUCUUUUUUAAAGUUGUGACACUAUAUUUUGGAUUAGUACUUCCGUUUGUUUGUUUAGACUUAAUGAGAUAUUUUUUUUUUUAUGAAUUAAUAGCAAUAUAUUUUUAGCAUUUG